AUGGGCGACGAUUUCAUACCCGGAAACACCAUCGUGAGCAUGGGUGUGUUGUUCCCAAUGCAGCACCCGUAUGCAUUCGAGAAACCAGAGCCAUUCAUGCCUGAGCGCUGGCUCACCCAGGACGAGGAGGCACAGAAAAGACACGAGAAAUUCUUCGUGCCAUUUUCCAAGGGGGCUCGGAGCUGCCUUGGAAUCAAUUUGGCUCGGUGUGAAAUGUGCCUUGCACUGGCCAGUCUAUACCUCCGUUUUGAUAUCAGGUUAGACGGAGCGAAGGAUAAGGACUUCGACUGGAUUGACGUCGGCCUCGCUCUAUUUAAGAGUCCUUUAAAAUGCUAUGUUCCUCCUGUUGUUGAGUAA